AAGAAGAAAGAGAUCCCUGACAGAGGCUCUUGGAAAGGCAAAUUUGACUUCCUGCUCUCCUGCGUUGGAUAUGCCAUCGGCCUGGGCAAUGUUUGGCGCUUCCCAUACCUCUGUGGCAAGAAUGGAGGAGGUGCCUUCCUGAUUCCUUAUUUUCUGACUCUGGUGUUUGCUGGGAUCCCACUUUUCCUGCUGGAAACAGCUCUUGGACAAUACACGUCCAUUGGUGGACUCGGUGUCUGGAAACUAGCGCCUAUGUUCAAAGGCGUCGGCCUGGCUGCGGUGGUUCUCUCUUUUUGGCUGAAUAUCUACUACAUUGUCAUCAUUGCCUGGGCGCUGUACUAUCUCUUCAACUCUUUCACUGUGGAGCUGCCAUGGCAGAGCUGUGGAAAUCCCUGGAACACAGACCGAUGCUUCUCUAACUAUUCCCUGAAUGACACCACCAACCUGACCAGCGCUGUGACUGAGUACUGGGAGAGAAACAUGCAUGAGAUCUCUGGAGGCUUGGGAGAACCAGGUAGUGUCCGCUGGCCAUUGGCUGGCACACUCGCAUUAGCCUGGGUUCUGGUGUAUUUUUCCAUCUGGAAAGGUGUCGAAUGGACUGGGAAGGUUGUGUACUUCUCGGCGACAUACCCUUACUUCAUGUUAUUCAUCCUGUUCUUUCGUGGGGUCACCUUGCCAGGAGCCAAGGAAGGAAUCCUCUUUUACAUCACACCAGAUUUUAGCAAACUCUCCCAAUCUGAGGUCUGGAUGGAUGCAGCCACACAGAUCUUCUUCUCCUAUGGUCUAGGCCUGGGAUCUCUGAUUGCCUUAGGAAGCUAUAAUACCUUUCACAACAAUGUGUACAGAGACUCCAUCAUUGUUUGCGGCAUAAAUUCCAGCACAAGCGUAUUUGCAGGUUUUGUUAUUUUCUCCAUCGUUGGCUUCAUGGCUCACAUCACCAAGAAGCCAAUAGCUGAGCUGGCAUCCUCAGGUCCAGGACUGGCGUUCCUCGCCUAUCCACAAGUCGUCACACAGCUGCCUAUGUCCCCUCUCUGGUCAAUUCUCUUCUUUUCCAUGUUAAUGAUGCUUGGUCUUGACAGCCAGUUUUGCACUGUGGAAGGCUUCAUCACAGCCCUGAUGGAUGAGUACCCACACCUGCUGAGGUCAAGGAAGAAGAUCUUCAUUGCAGUGGUGUGCUUAAUCUCCUACCUGAUCGGAUUCUCCAACAUCACCCAGGGUGGCAUCUAUGUGUUCAAACUCUUUGAUUACUACUCAGCCAGUGGUAUGUGCCUCCUCUUCCUGGUCUUCUUCGAGACGAUCUCCAUCUCCUGGUGUUAUGGUGUGAAUCGAUUUUAUAGGAACAUUGAAGAGAUGAUUGGUUAUCAACCUUGCAGCUGGUGGAAGAUCUGCUGGGCCUUCUUCACUCCACUCGUCUGUUUGGGUGUUUUCUUCUUUAGUGUGAUCGAAAUGACUCCUCUGAGUCUGGGGAAAUACGUUUAUCCUGCUUGGGGCCAAGGCAUUGGCUGGUUCAUGGCCCUGUCGUCCAUGGUCUUGAUCCCAGGAUAUAUGCUAUACUUUUUCUUUACCGCAAAGGGAACACUCAGACAGCGGUUUCAGCUGAUGACCCAGCCUAUGGAAGAUGUGACUCUCCAACACAAUGGGCUACAGCCAAAGACUUCGCUGAAUGGAAGUGUCUCUGAUGCUGCUGUCUAG